CUGUCAAAGCAAAUUAUCAAUCGAUUUGAGUUGCAGUUGAUUGUGUAUAUUUUUGUUGGAUAUUUGUGUUUGGAGAAUAAAGUCUGAGAAAAGUUCGAUAACUACUGAAACGGAUUAUAAAGUUUGUGAAAAAUAUAUAUACAUUUAAAUAAAGAUAAAAUUAUCAGCAAAUGACAGAUAAUUGAGCCAAGUUUAAAGUCUAUCUCUAAGUGAACAUUUUCUAUUCUACAAAAAAGUACUGGAGCAAAGUUCAAGUUUUUGCCUGUGAAGAGAAAAUACCAAAUGAUGGAUAACAAUGACACCUCAAACAAUUUUCGUAGUCCAGUUUUGGUUGAAUCAAAUCUAAUACCUCAAACCGGUGGUAUGGGCACAAUUGGUAACAGUGACGCACAAUUACGCACACCACAUGCGGGUAAUGUGCGUGCAUUACCACCACCUCUACCCCAGUUGCCUUACGGAACUACAAAUACUGUCGGCUACAAUGCCAACAACGCUUUGGGCGCAUACGGUAGCGGUUACACAGGCUACAGUAACUUUGGCAGCGGUUUCGGUUCAUAUGGCGGUUAUGGCAGCGGCUACGGUGGUUAUAGCAGCGGCUAUAGCGGUUUCGGUGCAUAUGGUGGUUAUGGUGGUAGCUUCGGUGGCGGUGCAUAUAAUCGUUUCGGCAUGGGUGGCGGCAUGAAUCCUAUGGAUCCGGAAACACGCUUCAUACAAAUGGCAGAGGCCAGUUCACGUCCGGCAUUUCAAAGCAUAGAAUCACUUGUAUCAGCAAUUGGGAAUAUAGCGGCAAUGUUGGAUUCCACAUUUUUCGCCCUGACUAGUUCAUUUCGUGCAAUAUUGGGCGUUGCAGCGAAUUUCGGUCGUCUGCGUGGGGUAUUUGCACAAUUUUGGCAGACAUUCGCGAUAAUUCGUGGUUUAACUUGGAUAUACAAGAAAAUGCUUUACUGGCUACGCUUAUCAAAUAUGGAUCCAUCAAAUGAAAAAUUUAAAGAAGCCUUCGCUGAGGCACUCAAUGACUCAUCACAACAAUCGGGUGCACCAAAACUGCCGCGAAAAGGUCAAUCGCCAUGGCCUGUGCUAGCUUUUAUAAGUUUCAUUUUCACUGCACCAUAUCUUAUAAUGAAACUCUUGGGUACUGUAACCAAUACUGCACAGGAAGAAGCACGUAAUCCAAAUAAAUGGCUGAAUCCAAUCGAAACAAUCGCUAUGCAUGAUUUCCAAGGACGAAACUCUACAGAGUUAAGUAUGCAAUGUAAUCAACCCUUGCUCAUUGCACCGAAGGAAAUACAAAAUACACUUGGUAUGCUGAAUACCGGCUGGGCAAUGGCCAGUACAGUAGAUCGUCAAAAUAUCGGUAUUAUACCGAUAAAUUAUGUCAAGAGCCCACAACAGUUGCGCGAAGAACAACAGCAUAUGUAUCAACCGCAGCUCCAGCAGAAAGUAAACAACGAGCCACAACCUGCUUUAAUGGAUUUAUCAACUUCAUCGUUUCCUGCACCCCCAAAAACAUCCACUGUCGAUGUUGAUAUAGCCAAUUUUGAUAUAGCACCACAGCCAGUUGGCGUACCAAACACAAUGGGAAUAUCAACUCCGUUCGGUAGCAGUGAAGUGUAAUUGCACUUUAAUCAUUUAUAAAUAUUUAUACAAGUUUAUAUAUAUAAUAUUACUGUCGAAAAUUCCAGCCUGGUUAGCUAAGGUCUUUAAUUUAAAAUUUACGAAUUUGUCUUAAUUUUUAAGCAUUUUAUAUAAUUUUAAGUAGGUAUUGAAGUAUGAGGAACAAAAUUGCGUGUACAUGCCACUAAGGAGUUUCUGCUUUGUACGUACAUAAAUAUAUUUAGCGUUGCGCAUAAAUUCAUUUAGCUAUUUUAAGUAUCAGUUGAAAACUGCUGUUGUAGAAUUAAGCUAAAAAUAAAUAUAUUGAAGGCGAAUUGU